AGCGGGGUCACAACUAAGCGUGCAGUCUGCGCUCUUUCUGCGUGUUUCUUCAUAAAUGCGCACUGGAUCGACUCCACAGUUAUUUCUCUAUAUUUAUAAUCUCAUCCAUGAACUGUUAAAGGGACUUCCGGAAAGUUUACAGUAAGAAGAUUGCGCACUAAAAAAAAAAAAAAAAGAAAAGAAGAAGAAGAAGAAGAAGAAGAAGAAAUCCAAAUCGUGGAAAGUUUAAAUGGACUCUAAAUGGUGUCGGCUGAUUUAAAGUGAGCUGGAUUAAUGGGUGUUUCUGAAGCCAAAAAGAAGUUUUUAGGAGGUCCGCCAUCCAUGGAUCUCCAGGAUUAAUCUCAUUUUCUUUCGCUCCAUCCACGUAAAGACUGAGAAGAAAACAUGUGACCACCUGCGCUGUGAUCAACACCUCCUUUUUUUUGUUUUUGAAGUCGUUUUUUGUUUCCAUCCCUUCUAUCCACGCUUUUUUUUUAUAUCCAGAAAGGAAAAAGAAAUGGAGAGUUGAAACUGGAAGAGGAGUCUAAAAGAAGAGCAUCCAUGGAUUGAAAGACUGGACUUUGAGCUCCAAGUGAAAAGUGCCUGAAGCAAGGUUGGGAGAUGUGUGAAGGAGUGUGACGGACGGCCAUGGGACUGGGGACACGGUGGCUUCAGGCUGUCACCGCUGUUGUAGCCAUCUGUCUGCUAAGUGUGUCUCGAGGCGCAGCGUCGUUGGUUCGGGCCAGAGUGGGGGGCGCCGCUGAGCUCAGCUGUAGUCUCAGUCCCACAUCCAGAGAAGCCACCUCUCCAAACCUCUUUCCGUUGCACGUCGUGGAGUGGGUGCGUCUCGGCUACAACGUUCCCGUCCUGAUCAAAUUCGGGGUGUACGCCCCCCGUGUCCAUCCGAACUAUAAGGGGCGUGUUUCUCUGACCCGGGGCGCCUCUCUGCUGGUAGAGCGACUCACCCUGGAGGACGAGGGUUGGUUCGAAUGCCGCAUCCUGCUCCUGGAAAGCAAAACGGACGACUUUCGCAACGGCACAUGGACGUUCCUCUCCAUCACAGCUCCACCUGUGUUUAUAAAGACGCCACCAACCUUCGUGGAGGUUCUUCUGGGAGACUCGCUGACUCUCAGCUGCGGCGCCCAUGGCAAUCCUCGGCCAACUGUUGUCUGGCACAAAGACGACAGCCCCAUCGAGAAGCAUGAAAAAAUAAAAGUGCUCAAUGGGAGCCUGUCUCUGGGCUCCGUCACAAGAAAUAUUUCAGGAGUGUACAAAUGUCACGUGUCCAACUCAGAGGGGAACCUCACCCACUCCACGCAGCUGCAGGUCAAAGGCCCUCCAAUCAUCAUCAUUUCCCCGGAGGACACCACUCUCAACAUGUCCCAGGAUGCAGUUCUGGAGUGUCAAGCUGAUGCCUACCCUUCAAACCUCACAUACGAGUGGCUGAAGCAAGGGCAGAAUGUCUACCACAUAGAGUCACUUAAGUCCCGAGUGAAGGUUUUGGUGGAUGGCACGCUGCUUAUCCCUAAUCUCAUCCCAGAAGAUGCUGGCAACUACACCUGUGUCCCAACUAACGGCAUCUUGACCCCGCCGUCUGCCUCUGCGCAUCUGAAAGUGAAACACCCCGCCCGUGUCGGCCGAAUGCCUCGGGAAACCUAUCUGCCUGCGGGCAUGGAGGGGUUCAUCGUCUGCCCUGUGCAGGCCGACCCCCCUGUGCUGUACGUCAACUGGACCAAAGACGGCAACGACCUCAACCUCGACAACUUCCCAGGUUGGAUGGUGAACUCCGAGGGCUCGGUCUUUAUAGCAACAGCCAACGACAAUGCCGUGGGCAUGUACACCUGUACACCGUACAACAGCUACGGCACCAUGGGUCAGUCUGAACCCACUAAAGUCAUUUUACAGGACCCCCCGAUAUUUAAAGUGCCUCCUCGGCCUGAGUAUCUGCAGGAGGUGGGCCGUGUGCUGGUUAUUCCCUGCGAAGCCACUGGAGACCCUGCUCCAAACGUAACCUGGAGCAAGGUAGAGAAGAUCGGUCCCACCCCUCGCUCUCCGUAUACGGUGCUGGAGAACGGCUCCCUCCUGCUCCAGCCCCUCAGCAAGGACCACCACGGCGGCUGGGAGUGCCUGGCCACCAACCGCGUAGCGACUGUCAGCGCCGGCACCGUGGUCACGGUGCUGGGCACCAGCCCUCAUGUCGUGUCGACGGUGUUUGUCACGACAGAGAUGAACCAGGCCAACGUGUCCUGGGUGCCUGGUUUUGACGGUGGAUUCACCCAAAAGUUCACAGUGUGGGUCAAACAAGCGUCCCGAGGGAAACAUGAGUGGGCGUCUCUGCCUGUUCCUACGUCCAAAAACUACCUGUUGGUGACCGGAUUGCUUGCUGGCACCGCCUACCAGUUCAGUGUCCUACCUCAGAACAAACUCGGCUCUGGACCGUUCAGUGAAAUUGUUUCUGUGCGAACACUAGCUGUGCCAACAGAAGAGCCUACAGCCGUCACCUCACUCCCACUCCUGGAUCCCCCCGUCUUCCUGUCAGCCAACCGAACAGAGGAAGGCGUUCUCCUUCAGUGGUCGCCACCUGAGGCUCCGCAGGCCUCGCUGACGGGUUUUGUGCUGCAGGCCCGCCGGGAUCAGGGCCAGUGGGUCAUUCUCAGCAGCACCAUCAGUGCCAAUCAGAGCGAGCUACUCGUGCAAGGACUGCUGAGGGAUUCCACGUAUGAUCUGAGGCUGAUGUCUCGCAGCAACAAAGUGCUCAGUGAACCGAGUGAGUCUGUCAACGUAUCCACUAAAGGGAUGGAGAUGUAUCCCGUACAGCCCGGCUUCCUGGAGGUCAUCCCUGAGCCUCUGUUGGCGGGUGUGUUAGGAGGAGUGUGUUUUCUCUUCGUGGCCAUCGUCCUGUCGUUGGUGACGGCGUGCUACAUGAGCCAGAGGAGGCAGCGUCGGCGCAGGAAGAGAAGACAAGAUCUCCCAUCUGCUUUCCAGAAAAGCCCAUCACAAGAAGCUCGCUCGCCUCCUCGCAGUCCUGACAGCGUCCUGAAGCUGAAACUCUGUCCUCCGCUCCCCUUCUUUCCCAACUCCUCCUCUUCCCAGUCCGAUCGAUCCUCCUUUGACAAAGGCAGCCGCGGAGAAUACCACGACCAGAGGAGGCAGCUCCUGUCCAACUCGUCUCCGCCUCCUCACUACACACUCUUUGAAAGUCACCUGGGCUCCCAGGCGCCCUCGCCAACUGCGCUGGAGUCCAUUUCCAGAGGCCCAGACGGGCGCUUCAUCGUCCAGCCAGUGCCGGAGGAUCCCAGUCCCUCCAGUAAGAAGGACCAGAAGAGGGAUGUCUUGCAGAGUAACGGCGUGGCGAGUGGCUCGGGGAGCAACAGGACGUCGUUCAGGGACUCGCCAAAGUCAAGCAUUUUGAGCUCAGAGAAGGACGAGAGGAAGGAAUCUCCUCUGACUGUGGAUGUCCCCGAGCUGAGCCGGCCCCCCUCCUCCCCUGGAAGGGUUCGGGCGAUGGCCAGGAACUUCUCCCGUCACGGGUGCUUCUAUUCUGACGACGAGCAAGGCUCGGAGGCGCUUUUGGAAAGAGCCAGCUUUUAUUCAGACAACAGCGAGAAGAAGCCCAGUGAUUCGCUGAGGAGGUACCGCAUGCCGGGACACGCUGAGGAUCUCUUCCCCAGUUUGGGCAAAAGAACAAAGCUUCUCGAUCGGGACAGAGACAGACUGCACCAGGCAGGCUACCAGCCUAUGGACAGUCAGCUGACCAAUGAAGACACGGUGGUCUCACAACUUGACUGUGAGCUCGAGAGAGACAGCAUCAACAAAUGUGCUCAAUUGGCAAAAGAGCGGGAAGAGAUGGAGAGGGAGUUAAAAAAUUAUACCGCUGAGCAAAGAAGUCGAGGUCGCCUGAGAAAGGAUUGGCCUGAUAAAACAGAAAGCCCUCAGGCGGACACGGAGGACGACCCUGUGUGGAAGCCGCAAGAUGUUAUCAUCAGACAGAAAGGCAAGCCGUCGGGCCAGACCACCCGGGUUUCUGACUACAGGAGGGCGUGCUACUUCGGCAACACCAGCAGCCCGAUGGACCGGCUCCCCGCGUCCCGCAUUCAGUGGGACAUAAGCCCCGUUACCUCCGUCACGAGUCUCAUUCCCGUGCAGACCCCUCGAGAGGCCUCAUCGCCCAGAUCACAGCUUCUCCGAAGAUGCAGAGAAACGACGGAGGACUCGCUCGUUGUCGACUCGUCGAGAUCUCCAGUCACGCAGAACACGUCUCUCCCCAUGCUCUCCCCCGACGUCACGCUCGAAAACCCGGCAGGCAGAGCACGGUCUCUGAGUCCUCAGAGUAAUCCGGAUAUAUGCUUGAAACCUCGGGAAAAAAACGCAGCAGGGAGAUGCUGCUUCCAGUCCAGACAUUCAUACGCUCAUGCAGGAACUCAGCCCUGGGAUUCAUCCGCACCGAGUCCCUCAUUCACCAGCGAGAGGCCUGAAAGUUCGGCUUCUGCACCUUAUCCACUGACUGAAAGGGGUGUGGAGGUAGAUCACACUGCCACGAGGGAUCCUAGUCCCUCUAGUUACUCUACGUUACCCUAUGAACAUCACGAAUCAGGGGCGAAGGUCAAAGACAGAGACGCUCAGGUCCACGGUGACCGACGGACUUCUGAAUUUUACUCAGAGUUAGAGAGAGAAGGCGUCCGAGCACGCUCCAGGAAGAGCGACAGAUGUCUUUUCUCCGAUAGCCCGAGCCCCGUCACCACCUUAACUCUUGUUGAAGAAGUGGAGAGCGACCAGUCGCAGUUUUCUGUUCCCAGAAUGUCCGAGUCUUUAAAGGCCAAGCCUGCCGCGCCAUCUCCCAAAAUGUCCCCUCUCCAGACAAGUGCAAUUCUUGAGUACCUGAGCCUUCCAGGAUUUAUUGAAAUGAGUGUGGACGAGCCUGUGGAAGAAGCUGAAGAGACGGACUCGGCUGUGCAAAGCUCAGAAGUGAAGCCAGACAAAUCUGGAGUCGCUAAGCCCGAUGUCGUUCCUAAAAACUGGGAGGUUCAUGUUCAGGAAAACCGGGACCGGACUGCUUUGAACCAAGAGGAGGUUUGCUUUCAGGGAGCGAGUUCUGCAGGGAGCGCACAGGCCAGUGUUGAUAGGAGUAGAAGCAGACGUUCUCCUCAUGUUCAGACGAGAGUUAGAUUCCCCGACGACACUCGAUCAUCCUCACCCGGUCCAGAAAAAACUAGCAAGCAGCUCUAUGAUGAGAAAACGCAAAUCCGACUCGGGAGGAGCGCAGACAGGCCUGAAUCCAGGCUGGGAUCGAGGUCGGCUCACACGUUGUUCAGCGCAGCUAAAGGAAUGGCGGACAUAGUGUCAAAGCACUCGCAGAGUUUUUUAGGCGGCAGUGAGUUUUCGGAGCAGUCCCAAAGACAGCCUUCUCAGGGCAGCAGGACUAACAACAUUGCGUCGCGGAUAUGUCAAGCCCCGGUGCCGUUCCUCAAGAAGUCCUUAAGCAUCGGCCCUUGCAGGACUCUUUCGGGAAUGGGACAGCCUCGUCCGUUUCUGAAGAAGUCCAUCAGCUUAGGCCCGCAGAGGUGGGAGCACUUCGAGAGCCCGAGGCCGUACAUUUCUGAGAGGUGUUACUGGGACGAGUUCCCGAGCCCCGACGUCAGGGUCAAGUCCUACAGUCUGGGCCGCAUGCCUUCCUCCUUCCUCGCGCCGGGCCCCUCCUGGAGAGAGUACAUCCCGAUUCGGCGGCCCAGCAUGGGGAGCUUAGAGAGGCCUCAUCACGCACAGAGAUCUCUAGCCAGUCCUCCCUACCUCGCCGCCUCUGUGUACCCCCCCAGACUCACCUCGGUCUCCCCAAUGCUGGAACCCGCCGACCCUCGACGGCAAGCCGCGGUUUUCCCAGAGUCCUCCAGGUGGUCUCCUUCUUAUCCCUCUUAUCAGGAAUCUCUGAGGUCAGUCCAACAUAAAUAUGUCCCCAUGCACCCCCGAAUCCCCGCCCCCCAGUACCAGCAGUGGCCAGGAUCCAGAGGAGACUGUAUGAGACCCGUGGACCCCAGAAGAGGUCCGCCGAGGUCCUACCUGCCCCGGGGCAUCAGCUGGCCCUCCCCUUACUACGCCCCCUUCCCCCCCAGAGACGGAGAGAGCUACAGGCAGCCAGAGAGGAUGAUGGUGAGGGGCGGGGAGACGGAGCUCAGGGAGGUCAGGGAGGUCAGGGAGGGCGGCAGGGCCAGCUAUGCCAGCCAGAGCAGCGGCAGAGGAAGCGCCGGCCUCUUCCGACAGUCGCUGUCCGUCACCCCCACGCUGCUCAGCUCCCCAGAAACCACAGAGGAGAACGAGCGGCACAGAGCGGAGGUGGAGCUGCCUGAGAGGAGAGCGAAAAGAAGGAACACAUCAGUAGAUGAGAGUUAUGAGUGGGACUCUGCUGAUGCCUGCGUGGACUCGGAGGUCCUGGAGGCCACGAGGUUUGGUCAGUCUCAAACACCGAGACACGAUCAGGCUCAUGGCCUCCAGGACCAGCUGCAGAAAGGCCCAUCUCCCCCCGUCAACCCACCUCGCUGCCAGCUCACCCGCUCCCUAAGCGAGGCGCGUUUCAACGCUCUCCGCCUGGAGUACCAGGAGUACAGGCGGGCUCAGGAGUCCGUCUGUCCCCGUGAGCCCCGCCUGGCCCCCGGCCACGAUUCAGACUCGGACUCCAGCUCAGCUCUGCUCUAGCAGCUGAACCCGGUCGGUUAAAGAGUCAGCCCAAACAGCGGUUUCAGUGAAGCGACGGCGGCGCUGCGGUCCCGGACACCAGUCUGGUGCUUUCAUACAAGAAAGAACUCGUUCUUUAACAGUUUGACCACUGCUGAGAGACGUGACGCUGCUGCUGCUCCUCCGCCGCCGACGUCUUCGUUUGUUUGAGAAGCUGAGAAGGUUUUAUUUAUUAUUUUUCAGGAAGCUUGUGUUUUGGGGUUUGGGGAAUCUCGACAAUCAGGCAGACAGAAAUGAGACGCUCAGAGGAUUUAAAAAAGAUGCGCUUUAUAAAAGCAGCGGUAUGCUGAAUAGUGAGGGCUGUAUUUAAAAAAAAAAUGCCAGUUGAAUUCAAGACUUGACCCUUUAGUGAUAAAGGGACGCUUGUGACAAUUAUUACGGUUUUGCGCAUAAGAUAACAUCUGUGUGCGUCUGUGAUGCCAAUCAAACUGUGCUUGAAGCAUUUUCACCAAAAUCCCCUCAACAAGACCUAAGAACAAGAGAAAAAAAAUCAGAAAUCUAAGAAAUUCCGUCGUUCGCCCCCUUGGUGUGUCUGAUUUAAACAUCCUAAAACUGUGAUUAGUCUAUUUAAGCAAAGCAUUUAUUCACCUGCUGUUGGCCUGAAGUCUUAAUUCUGUUUCAUUCCUGCUAUCUGACCCAUUAUCAGCCUCUCAGCCGAGGCUUUCUGUCGCUCCCAGUAUUUGUUCAAAGUGUAUAAAUGUUCAUAUAUAGUCUGACGUGACUGAAUCCUGCUGUUGUAUCGUUUAUUCUUCAUUUGUUCAUCAGAAGACGGAAGGCGACUUUACUCCACCUCUGUGAUUCAACACUGUAAAACUUGAUGAGAAAAACAGGGAAAGACGAUUCUGCCUUAUUAUUUGUCGCAUUUUGUUCGUGUUGUGCUUGUUUGACAAAAGGGUCGACAAGAGGCGAACAGGAGGAACUGAAAGACGCCGAACUCCUCUGUUUUCGUGCUGACAUGAGUUUUUCUGUGUAUUUAUUGAGGCGAGUUUCGAUAUGCAACAAUGUUUACAACCACAUCGCCGAUGUGAAGGCAACACUGUGAAUUUUUCCUCGACUUCUGAUUCUGUGUUUGAAUCGCAGGAAGUCUGUUGUUAUGAAUUUUGUGCCCAUUAGCCUACUUGUUCAUGUUGGUUUUCUACUGAAUUACAAAUGCAGCGCUUUGGGUUUUUUUGUGCGUCACCUGACAAACAGAGAUCUAAAGAAAGUCUUUGUAGCUUCACUUUGCAAAGAGUCAACAUUUGUAUUAUAUUUACUU